GUGACGUAGUUGGGCGCAGGGACCGCCGCAGCCUGUAGUGAUGAUGUUGUGGAUAUGCAUGCCGAUGAGACCUCUCCCAGAGUUAUCUAAAACAUAAAAUCAUCUGUCAAGGGGUCACCACGCAUGGAGUUAAGCUCAGAGCGAGUGGUGGCAACACUUGAAAUGUCGCAGGUAAAAAGCCAAGACCACGGGGCUUUUAACAGUGAUGUGGACUACGAGAGCCUGCCACCUCAUGUUCCUGUGACGAUACACAUGACAGCGGGAGCCGUGGCUGGUAUUCUGGAGCACACCGUGAUGUACCCCGUGGACUCUGUCAAGACACGGAUGCAGAGCCUGCAGCCGGAUCCAAACGCACAGUACAGAAGUGUGUAUGAAGCACUGAAACGCAUCAUCAAGACUGAGGGCAUCUUCAGACCUUUUCGGGGGCUCAACAUCACCAUGCUGGGAGCUGGACCAGCACAUGCUUUGUACUUUGCCUGCUACGAACGAGUCAAACGUCCUUUAAGUGAUGUCAUUCAGAACGGGCGCAACAGUCAUUUAGCAAAUGGUAUAGCGGGUAGUGUGGCCACAGUUCUCCAUGAUGCUAUAAUGAAUCCGGCUGAAGUGGUGAAGCAGAGAAUGCAGAUGUAUAAUUCUCCUUACCGGGGCCUUUGGGACUGUGUCCGGACUAUCACCCGGACAGAAGGGAUUGGGGCCUUCUACCGCAGCUACAGCACUCAAUUGACCAUGAACAUCCCCUUUCAGGCAGUCCACUUCAUCACAUAUGAGCUAAUGCAGGAGCAGCUGAACCCCGACAGACUGUACCAUCCAGGCUCUCACAUAGUGUCCGGCGCAGCAGCAGGGGCCGUCUCAGCUGCAGUGACCACUCCUUUAGACGUGUGUAAAACAUUGCUCAACACUCAGGAGAACGUGGCACUCAACUCCAUGAACAUUAGUGGGCACUUGUCAGGCAUGGCUAAUGCCUUUAGGACAGUGUACAGGGUUGGGGGCACGGCAGCCUUCUUUAAAGGGGUCCAAGCAAGAGUUAUAUAUCAGAUGCCCUCGACAGCCAUCGCCUGGUCUGUGUACGAGUUCUUUAAAUACUUCUUAACAAAGCAGCACCUGGAGGAAGACUAGGUCCCUUUCAGGAGGAAUUAUCUUUUGAAAGAAGGAAAGACCAUUCUCACCCUGUGGUGGAGGUGUGUUACAAUGGCUCUCUGUAGUUCACAACUGAAAUUCUUUGUGUGGCUCAACCAACUUUAUGCAACAUCGAAAAUGUCAAAAAGAUGAAAGCCACCUUGUUCCUCUUUUGACUAAAUACAUUAUAUUGACACAGUUUCACUGUUUGGUUAAAACUGGAGCAGGUUGACAAAUGUUUAUAUUUCCUUUUGUGGAAUGUUUUAUUUAUUUUGUUAUUUUUAUGUUUUAAGAAUUCUGUUUGCUUGUUUGAUUUCAUUGUGUAUUUAUGAUGGACUUUGAGAGCACAUUCCAGUGUGUUCCCAGAGUUUUUAAACUUUUCCAUCAGCCACAGAGGUGGGUUUGCCUUAAUGUUGAGAAUCCUGUUGUAAUACAUUGUCUGCACUGAUGCUCAAGGGCAGGUUCCCCUAAUUGACCCACUCAAACUACAGUGCUUUUGAUGGAGUCACAACAACACCUGUUGCAUUAUAAUGACGUUUCUGAUUGUAUUAACUCUGCUUGGCAAGUUAAGUGGGUUCACAUACUACAUUGACUAUAUAAAAAGUACUUUGUUUUUAAUGUUGUGCACCUUAGUUCAUUCAGUCACUUCCAGGAUUUCAUCCCUCACUGGGUUUUGAGGACAUUCCUGUGUAUAUUUGUGUUAUUCAGAAGAAAAUAAAUCUAUUUAUUUACAAGAAUAGAGUUUAUACCAAUACCAGAGAUUUUGCACCAAAUACACAAUAUUAAUAUUCUAUGCAUCAUCAAUUUACUCUUCUCAAAAACUUGUACAUUUUGUCUAUUUUGAUCUGUUAGAAUUUAAAAAAUAUUUUUGUAACAUCUCAAGGCCUGAGUAGUUCAUAAUCAUUAGAUUUUCACUAUGUUGGAGAAAUAUUUUACCUGCUUUGAUUAUAAAGUUUCUGGCUAUAACAAAAACUUUUUAAUGAUUCCUUUCUUAUGGUUUUUCUUUUUUAUAUAAUUUUUUAUACAUAAAUCACUUGGUCUUGCUGUUGCUUCUGAAUAGUUAAUGUGUAUGCAUAUACAAUGGUGUGUGUUGAUUUUAUUUGAUAAUGAAGUUAUGUCUGCUCAGACGAAACAUGAUGAAUGUGAAUCAAAAUGUCUAUCAGCCUACCGCUAGAAACGCACAAGUUUGAGCUCACUUUUAAAAGUGCCAUACCGUGUACAGUAAUGCAAUACCUAUUGUAAAUAACUUCUACAGUUUGUGACACUGGCGAUAAAUAAACAUGAAGGUGCAUACAGUUAUGGU